CAGUACGAGACUUCAUGUCGCUCGAUUCAGAUCUGCCUUUGCUCGCGUAGUUCUCGUGUUGAACCGAGCCAAGCACUUGUACCCAAAGGGAUUAUAUUCUGUCAGUAGAUUUGCGUUUGCAGAAUACUUGGCUGUGACAUUGGUAUACUGGAAAUUGAAAACUGUAAAAUCAACUGCCGUGCAAUUUCUGUAGAACCGGUUCAUGUGCCUUUAGUUUUCAAAUAGACUGAAAGAAGUACCGAAAUUCUAACUAUCUAGUGCAAAUAAGGAAGCAAUAUACAGUACAGAAAAAAAAAUCACAAGUAAUUUUUAAAUUUGCUUCCAAGCAACUAAACAGUCUAGAACUCGAAACAGAUGCACGCAGUGCCGGAGAACCAUAAAAUUCAAUAACAAUUUGAUGUUGUUUUCUACGUCUUGGCUCUAGGUAUGUUCGUGUUGCCAAGUUCGAAAUAGCGAGAAUAAAAGUGAAUUUUCGCUUUUCCUCUUCUGCUUCACUUUCGAUUAGUGGGGCCGCGUUUCGUCGGGUGGUGAUGGAAGAGAACCAAACAUAGAAUUGAUGUUUUUGUUUAUGUGUUGUAUGUGCUGUUCUGAAAGUCACGGUUCGAUCGCGAAGUACCGGACGAAACUUGGAAGCGAAUUGCAAAAAAUACGCUGAAAAGAUUGUAAAAUUGUUACACUACAUGUUUUUCGGUGUGAUUUUGUGGAUCAAGAGGAGCACGAUAUUUGUGUGUCAGUUCGAUUAGGAGGAAGUGAAUCCAUCGUCUUUAAAGUUGUGGUUGUGAGGCAGUUGAUACACAAAACGAUAUCUUGGAACUUACUUUUUGCUGGAUAGCAUCGGUAGCUAAGUUGCUCCAGGAAGUGAUUGGAUGACUACAACGAUGAUGGAUAGCUGGAUGCAGGAAGUGGUCUCCAUGAUGGCAGGCGAUGGAACGCCGGCUCGAAUCAAGCAGGAACUAAUCGAGACCUCCUGUUGCAGUCCAUCACCGUCAUCAGUAGGCAGCUUAUCCCAGAGUAAUCUCCUCUACAGUGGAUCGCAAAGCACAAAGAUGGAAUACAAAUGCAGCAGCAAUAAUGACAUCACCCAGUUGACAGAACUGCACGGUGGUCGAAGUGGUGGAAACGGUCGCGGUGGUCCACAUUCGCCCGGUUCGCCGGAUCGGCAGUUUUGCAGUUCGACUACCUCAGCGAUCGGAGAUUUCGGAAGUGACAGUACGAACCAGGAUACGAUCAAGGAAGAAAUUCCCCGGCGGCUGUGUUUGGUUUGUGGAGACAUUGCCAGCGGUUUCCAUUACGGUGUGGCAAGCUGUGAGGCAUGUAAAGCAUUUUUCAAACGGACUAUUCAGGGUAACAUUGAAUAUACCUGUCCGGCCAGCAACGACUGUGAGAUUAACAAGCGACGAAGGAAAGCAUGUCAGGCCUGUCGCUUCCGCAAGUGUCUUUUGAUGGGUAUGUUGAAGGAGGGUGUACGUUUGGACAGGGUACGGGGAGGUAGACAGAAGUAUCGGCGAAAUCCUUGCGCCAAUCCUUACCAGUUACAGCUGACGCAGUCGAAUCUUCAGUACACGCCCCAAUCGUUGGAGGACAUCAAAAUUCUUGAAGUAUUAUCGUCAUUUGAGCCAGAUCCACUCACAAUUGGGCACGGAUUUGAUCUAAUGAACAGCAAUGGUAGCAAUAGUAGUGAACACGACGGUGACAACAAGGGCACCGAUUCGCGCAUGCCCAUGGGAGCUGAUGCGCAGGAGAUGCUAAGCGUGUUAAGUGAUAUCUACGAUAAGGAACUAGUGGGUGUAAUCGGUUGGGCUAAACAAAUACCAGGAUUCACUGAUCUACCGUUAAACGAUCAGAUGCGCCUUCUGCAAGUGAGCUGGGCGGAGUUACUCACACUGAUGUUGGCUCACCGAUCGAUACCAUUCUCCGGUCGACUCUAUUUUGCCACUGAUUUUUGGUUGGAUGAGCGAACCGCGAAAGAUUGUGGAGCACUGGAUUUGUACAAUCAUUUGGCUCAAAUCACUCAGCGGUUGGAGAAGAUCUCAGCGACCAAGGAGGAGUAUUAUCUUUUAAAAGCACUGUCGCUGUCGAAUUGUGAUAUCCGGCUGGACAACUACAGCGCGUUGAAAAAGAUACGCGACAGCAUUCUGUACGCGUUGAAUGACUGUGUGCUGCUUAUAAGGCACAACCAAGCGGUGGCGCAUCAGCAGCAAUUGCUUUUGUUACUGCCAUCACUGCGCCAAGCCGAUUACAUCAUACGCAAGUUUUGGACUAAUGUACACAUUGAGGGUAACGUCACAAUGAACAAAUUGUUUGUGGAAAUGCUAGAAUCGGUGUCACGAUAAACAGUUCAUCGCCGUUCCCCUGGAGGCGCACUCGGUGGUUGUUAGGUGAUCUCUACAACACAAUCAUACAUCCGUGCAUACCAACUUACUUCAUAUAUCAUGCAAGCGCACUUUCAGAACAUACUCAUUUUACGCCCCAGUGCUGUUCAGGUCCUACACGAGACACACGAAUCAUAUUUUUCGACAUGUAUGUUAAACCAGCGAAGUAGGACAAGGUUCAGAUCAAUUAGGAUUACGCUAAAAGGUCGUUAUGUUUUUUCUCAAUAACUAGCUAAUAAGAGACAUUAGGUUAUUAGUAUCCGGUCAGAAUUUUAUACAAAAGCAAUUAUUUUUAUUUUGUCAUUGUGAAGUUUACAAGUUUUAUGAAAUUUAUUUCUAACUACGCUUCGAGCGACAACAGAAGAUAGUGAAUGUAAAAUAUACAGUAGGUAAAGUGUACCUACAAAAGCUACCUCGGAAAUUUUCCAUUGAUUGAAUUCUAUAGCAAAUAUGGUUACCCUUGUACGUUUAGUUACAUCUCGAUUCAGUUGCACACCAACUAGUUUGAUUGUCAAAAUGUUACGGUGCUCUUGUUCAAACAUUCUUCUAUCCAAUUUUAUGACAUAAUUGCUCCAAACAAAUUUUUAAUAAAUUGAAAAAAAGUAAAAAUGACAGUACGCAAACUAAUUGCAUAAUUUUGCAUAUCUCGCUAUAACUAAAAUAUUGGAGAAUUGAUAUACAAUUAUUCGUUGAACAAUCUAUCACGAGGAUACGGCUAAAAGUAAUAAUAAUAACCUUGGAAGGCAAACGUAGAGCAUAAAUGGAGAAUAUCAACUAUAUUUAAAAAAAUGUCACCCUUUCAAAUUAUGACGUUCAAAAUAAGGAACUUAAAAUCGUGCAAAAAGAUUAUUUUUAGCAACUUCGCAAUACAAUGCCACACUUUUAGGUGCGAAACCCUUUCGACUGAUAUGGAUGGUUGCACCGUUGGAUUUCCAUCUCUGUUUGAUUUAUAGAGAAUGUAAAUAACAUUCGUUAAAAAAAUCGUCGUGAUGCAAAAUAAAGAUGAACUUUUCUGUAGCUACCAAUAUUCAUAUUAAUGAUGGAUUAGAGCAUGGAACGUCGAUUUUGCCAACGGAUUUUGAUUAGACAUUUCCUGUCAUAUAGUUCUCGAUUUUGUCUUCAUGCGCCGUUUGUCAAAUUUCAUAUACCUAUACUUACCACUGAUACUGAUAUUGAUUGAUGCGAAGGCAGACCAGUCAAAGCAGCUUCUGUACGUACGUACUGUUCGAAUUGGAAUCAUCCACCAUGGGUCCCUAGACACGUCACCUAGCGACUUGACGAAAAUUUACUGUCAAAUUAGAACCUCUGAAUAAUUCUUGAGGUUUACAUUCUGAAUUUUCCAAGUUAGACACAUAGCAACAAACAUACUUUACAACUUACAUGGAUGAUUCAAGCUGGUUUAGAAAAUUUAGGUUGAACAUAUGGUAUAAUGAAUUCUUGUUGGACAAAUGUAUGACUUAAAUAAAUCUUCAUUUUGUAUUAAUUACUAUUGCCAUUUUUGUACUUUGAUUGUCACUGCGUAUGUAUGGAAAUGCGAGUUGUUAGUUGAUUUGUCCUGAAACAUCAGAACAAAUAAGAGUAACGAUCGCACGAUAUGUAUGAACAUUUGACCAAUAUAUGAUACCAUACCAUAUAUUUUUCUCUCGAUUGAAAUUGUCGCGUUUAGCUUAGAAUUUGUCAAAAUCUCCCAAGUGUGCAAACUAUUUUUCGUAGGUUGAGUUCUUCCUGUAAAUUUUUUUUGGCUUGCAACUAUAAAUGAAAAAAUCAACCUGAACCGUUUCUCAAAAAUAUUUUCAAAGUUAUGAUUAUUUACUUUUUUUAGAUGAGUAGAAAUAUUAUUUAACCCUUAAAUGCAUACUGUUGCCAUUUGGCAACAUACCGAAUUCUGUAAUAUAAAGCCUCAACAAGAGGUAAAUAACAUUCAUACCGAAAAAUGAGUACCAAUGAAAAAUGAGCUUCAUGCAUUUAAGGGUUAAUUUCUCGUGAUUGGUUAUUUAUUUAUUAUUUAUUACUUGAAAUUUUUAUGAAGUACGGAAAAUCCCCUUUGAGUGAAAUUUGCUUUUGUAAUCUCUUCUCUAAAAGGCAUAUAGAGCUCAGUCAUCUUUUCAAAAUUUAUAAAUAGAAUAAAUUAUUAAACUAAUUAAGCUCACUCGGUUAAAUGAAACCAAAAUAGAGCUAACCUGAAUUCUCCUAGUGAUUGGUAAUAUCGAUUCUGCUCAUUUUUUGAUCAGUUAAACAUAAUGAUAUGUUCUUCUAAUUAAAGUAUAGCAUGACAGAAAAAACGGUAAUGGCAGAAAUUAUUAACAAUUGUUAUGAUUAAUGAAUAACGGUUACGGGUCAUUUCGUUUGCUUGUUUGUUUCAUAUUUGUACUGUAACUCAUUUCGGUUUGGGUCGUUUAAAAAAUGCGCUAACAUUUACCACUGUUCGCAAUACACUCGCAAGGCACGCGUUCUGCACGACAACCGAUGUUUUUCUUUUUACAUAUGAUUUAUGAAAUUACUACAAUAUUAAAUCUUAACGACAUUUUAAAGCGAUUGAGAAGUAACGGUUAUUUCAAUUUAUUUAAAACUGUUGGAAGCACACAUCUUCACUUUUAUUCGGCUAACAAAGAGGCAAAUUCAUGUAAACAAAAGUAAAUAGCCAUAACCUUGAAAAUAAUUUCAAUUUCGAAAAACUGUCCAAGCUGUAUCUUUUAUUUAUCGUUGUGAACCCAUAUAAUUUUUCUAACAGGAAAAGCGCAACCAACGAAAAAUGGUUUUUAUGCUAGGUUGGUUUUAACUCAAUAGGUUGUCUAGCCUCGAUAAAAGUCAUCCCAUCAUCGGAUAAGGCAUGUUUUAUUUGUUAUACUAUAGAAAACUACUUAAUAUUAUGAGAGGAAAAAUGCAAUAUUACAAAAAUAUGAAAUUUUGCUUUAUUAAGCAGAGAAUCUCUUCGUUCGCUAACAAACGAACCGAGCUCCCACGUAGAUUCAGACAGAGCAAAGAGGGCACACUUGGCACAUAAUAACGGUUGCCUUCUGUUACUCACUCUGUUAUACAAAAAAGUACAACUUUAUGAAAAGCUAGGAAUUCAUAUUUUAUGACCAUACUACCGACAAAAAAGCAAAAAAAAUACCUUAAAAGCGAUGUCUGCAAACAGCUUUAAAGUAAGAAAACGCUAAUCUUAUCGAUGAAACUAAUACACAGAGAGCUCUACAGUAAAUCUAUCAGUUUGUUAUUACAUCUAAAAAUCAGUUAAGUAGCUGACACAUGCGUUGUGUAUUUAUUAGAAUUUAGCUGUGAAGAUAAGUGGAAAGGAAUAACUCUGAUGAGUAGACUUAUGAAAACGAGUAAAAAUUAACUGAAAAAAAAAAUUAUCGAUACAUGAGAGGUUCUCGUUUUUAAGACAGCGGAGAGUUUGUGAAGAAAGGAUGUAUUUGUACCGAUUAGUUUACCACACAAAGGAAAUUAAACGCAAAAUCAAUCGAACCGCUAACGUUCAAGUAGAGGAAA